AUGGGAGUGCGUCUGAUAGCCAAUGGAGCGUUCCACGUGGAUGCGGGCGAUGCUGACUUUUCUGCUGGCUGCUACUUCUUCCGGCGUGAACUGAGUCUUGCCCCACAUCCCCGCUGGGAUGUUAAGUUGGCAGUGGUGAGCGACUAUAGUAACUCUAAUUCAGUGGCAGUGGUGAGCGACUAUAGCAACUCUAAUUCAGUGGCAGUGGUGAGCGACUAUAGUAACUCUAAUUCAGUGGCAGUGGUGAGCGACUAUUAUAGUAACUCUUAUUCAGUGGCAGUGGUGAGCGACUAUAGUAACUCUAAUUCAGUGGCAGUGGUGAGCGACUACAAUAACCUUAAUUUAGUGGCAGUGUUGAGCGACUAUAGUAACUCUAAUUCAGUGGCAGUGGUGAGCGACUACAAUAACUCUAAUUCAGUGGCAGUGGUGAGCGACUAUAGUAACUCUAAUUCAGUGGCAGCGUUGAGCGACUAUAGUAACUCUAAUUCAGUGGCAGUGGUGGGCGACUAUAGUAACUCUAAUUCAGUGGCAGUGGUGAGCGACUAUAGUAACUCUAAUUCAGUGGCAGUGGUGAGCGACUAUAGUAACUCUAAUUCAGUGGCAGUGGUGAGCGACUACAAUAACCUUAAUUUAGUGGGAGUGUUGAGCGACUAUAGUAACUCUAAUUCAGUGGCAGUGUGGCAGUGGUGA